GCACGGCUCCGAAUUGCCAAGAAACUAAAACCCUCGAAAAGCCCCAACACCGCUACCGUCCUUACAACAUUCACAGCGUUGAAUCGGAGAAGACGAUGGCUUGGCGAUCUGGAUCGCUUUCUCGGACGCUAGUUUCCACUGUCCGCUCUUCAUCUUCCCGGUUAUCUUCAUCGGCUCCUCAACUGCGCCCGCCGCUCACCGCUCCUCGCCGCCUGCCCGGCCGCCAUUUCUCUGCUGCUUCCAGGAGCUUGGGAGAAUUGGGAUGCGUACAAUCAUUUUUGCCAAUUUACAGCAUGACAGCAGCUUCCUGCCUGACAUCCCACCUCACUGUUAAUGUUAGGGCUUUUUGCGAGCUGUCUCAUGGUACCUUCUGCCGAACUUGUCAAGAUCGCUAGUGGUUACUUUGUGAGUCUUGCUUGUUCUAGGACACACUAUCUGCACAAUACAGUAGAUUUUCGCUCUUAUUGUUGUUACUUGUCCGCAGCAAUGGUUUCUGUUUAUGGAAUGAAAGGUCAAAAUAAUCAAGAACACUAAAUCGAUAUGAUUAGCUUCUCCCACACAUAGCAUUUGAGUUUGUUUGGUUGAUAAAAUCUUAAGAAGAAUUUGGGAUUGAAUUGAUGAGCCGAGCGGGAGUGGGGAAGAUGUAUGGUGCUCAAGGACAUUCACUUGUAGGGUUUUUCUUAUUACUUUCUAUUUUAUUCAUUUGUCCUCUUGUGCUUUUGAUUUUGAAUAAUACAUUGGUCCUAGUAUUUUCCAA